AUGCCGUCUGGUCCUGGCGACGAGGAGCGCCUGCAGGAGGCCAAAGCAGCGUCCAAUUCCUCAAUGGUGGCCAUUCCUCAUCCACGGCAUCCUUUUGAGAUGCUCCGUUAUCCAUACACGGUUUGGAAACGUUCUGCACUGAGGUUGGAGCAGAUUCAACAGCAACAGGCUUGCCACUUCUGCAAGCAACGAGGGCACAUAGUAAGAGCAUGCAGGAGGAAGGCUACAGCUCGCGCUUCGGCUGAACCGAACUCUCCGAACGGAAAACGGGCCAAUGGAGGCCGUCACAAGAAUGCUGCGUCGGACGUAUACGACGUGUUCGUACUGUCUGGUGAGGAGCCAGCCGUGAGAGUGGAAGUGCGCGUCAACGGAAGUCCCCUAGAGAUGGAGGUGGACUCGGGUGCAGUGUGUUCAGUCAUCAACGACCGGACUAUGCGGAAGCUGCGAAUAUCGAAAAGGGCGUUGCGCCCAAGUAGCCUUCACCUCCGAGCUUACAAUAACAAGGAACUACGAGUGUUGGGUGAAUUGACCGUGACGGUGGAAUUUAGGGGGCAGGAACAUCGCCUGCGAUUGGUGGUGGUUAAGGGUGCUAGUAUCGGACUUAUCGGUCGAGACUGGUUCAAGUCCUUGGGAAUAAGUCUGAGUGGCGUUCACAGUGUGUGCGAGCCGAGUAGAACUGGCAGUAAAGGAACAACGGCCUUGCUCAAGAAGUAUUCUUCAGUCUUUGAGCCUGGACUUGGGACAAGUAGAGGGCCUCCUGUACACAUAGAGGUGAACCCGACAGCUCCGCCGCGAUUUUUGAAGCCACGGCAAGUACCGUUUGCAUUGAGACCGAAGGUCGACGAAGCACUGGACAGGUUGGUGAGCCAAGGCAUUUUCCAGCCUGUACGGCACUCGAAGUGGGCAACACCGGUCGUUCCAGUUGUCAAAAAAGAUGGAUCCAUAAGGAUCUGCGGGGACUACAAGAGCACCGUCAAUCGUGUGGUGCAGUGGGAAACGUAUCCUCUGCCAACACCAGAGCAGCUGUUUGCCAGGAUGGCAGGUUGCUCGAAGUUUUCAAAGCUAGACCUCGGACAAGCGUAUCAACAGAAGACUGUUGAUGAAGAAACAGCUGACUUGUUGACGGUGACAACACAUCGGGGACUUUUCCGCGUAACCCGUCUUCAAUUUGGCGUGGCAGUGGCAGUGGCUAUUUUUCAGAGGUACAUGGAAGAACUGUUGCAUGGAAUUGAUGGUGUGCUGGUGUUCUUGGAUGACAUCUUGAUCGGUGGAAGGGAUGAGGCACAGCACUUUGCUCGUUUGCAAGAGGUGCUCAAAAGAAUCCACGAAGACGGUCUGCGACUGAAAUUUGACAAAUGUCAAUUUUGUGUUGAGGAAGUGCGUUACUUGGGAUUCAACGUGAACUCUGCAGGUGUGCAGCCGACAGAAGACAAGGUGCGUGCUAUUCACGAGGCCCCGGAGCCAACAUGCAAAAAGGAGCUUCAAGCCUUUUUGGGAGCUCUGAACUUUUACAACAAAUUUCUUAAGGGAGCAGCACAUACCUUGGAGCCACUGUACCGGCUGUUGGACAAGGGUCGCGAGUGGCGUUGGACGGGAGCAGAGGCAGACGCAUUUCGCCAGGCGAAGGAUCUGCUGCAAUCAUCGCAUGUUCUUGUGCACUAUGAUGUCAACAGGCCUCUAGUGCUUGCCUGUGACGCUUCCCCGUAUGGACUGGGUGCUGUGUUAAGUCAUGUGGGGGAAGAGGGUAGCGAGAGACCGGUUGCAUAUGCAUCAAGGACUAUGAGCGCGGCAGAACGAAAGUACGCCCAAACAGACCGAGAAGCGCUCGCCAUUGGCUUUGGCGUUAAGAAAUACCAUCAGUUUCUGUAUGGGAGGCAUUUCAAAAUUGUGACGGACCACAAACCCCUCUUAGGACUGUUGCACCAUGCCAAGCCCAUUCCCCAGGUGCUAUCACCACGGAUGCUGCGGUGGACCCUCAUGUUAUCAGCAUAUGACUAUGAAAUUGAGUAUCGACCAGCAGAGAAGCUUUCCAAUGCUGAUGCAUUCAGUCGUUUACCACUGAGGGCCAGUAAGGCGGAGGAAGAGGAGCAGCGUCUUUGGGAAGUAGGAAUGCUAGAAAUGGCACCAGAAGUGACGUGGAACUCUCGGAAGGUGGCCAGUUUUACGUCAAGGGACAAGCUGUUGGCUAGAGUCUGCAAUUGGGUGCAGCAUGGGUGGCCAGAGGGCAAGCUACCGGAAGAGUUUGCCGCAUUUGUGAUCCGCAAGCAUGAACUGUCAGUGUACCAAGGUUGUUUGCUGUGGGGCAGUCGUGUCGUCAUUCCAGAGCCAGCUCGACCAUAUGUCAUGGACAUUCUUCACACAGCUCAUCCAGGAAUUAUCAAGAUGAAGGGGCUCGCCAGAGGAGCCGUGUGGUGGCCAGGAAUUGACAGAGACGUGGAGCAGAAGUCCACUGUGCAGCAGAAACAGGAGCAGGUGAUGCAGCGCCGUAACCAGGCAGUGCGACUGUUUGAAGUGGGGGAUCGAGUGUUUGUGCGCAACUAUCUCUAUGGGCCCAAGUGGUUGCCGGGCAUUGUGGAUUCUGUCACUGGACCAGUGUCGUACUUGGUCGUCACCAAGGAUGGACGUCGGUGGAGACGGCAUGUUGACCAACUCAGAAGUCGUUCUGCCAGCUACGCAUUGGACACUGGAAUGUGCGAGGAGGAGGAAUCGUUGGUUGCUUUCCCGGCAGGGUGUUCCGAAAGCGGCAUUCCUUCAAGCCCAGAGUAUCCUGGAAGACGGAGCCCAAGAGAAGUACGAGAGGAGGCUGCACCACCCAGUACCAAACCUGUUUCCUGUGGUGAGGACAGUGAAGUCAGCGCAUCCCGGGACCAGAGAGAAAUACGAGAAGAGGCUGCAACACCCAGUGCCGAACCUGUUUCCUGUGGUGAGGACAGUGAAGUGAGCGCACCCCUUCAAGUCCAGCGACCACAGCGCCAACGCAACCGUCCUGCGUAUCUGAAGGACUACGUGACGUAG